AUGUUUAUAAAGGCCAGGCUACCGUUAGGGUUACAGGCUUCAAGAAAUUUCUAUAAAAGAAAUCAGGUUAGACAUUUUUCGGUAGAUCCCCAUGCUAUUAUUUCUACAUUGACUGAUUCAUUACAAUCAGUACAUGCCUAUUCGGGUAUCCCCUGGUGGGCCUUGAUACCGGUAACUACAUUUGCUUUAAGGUCGGUAUGGACUUUACCAUUGGCUAUUAUGCAAAGGAAGCGUAUUCAGAAGCAGACAGAGUUGAGGCCGAUAAUAAGUGCUAUGAAUCCAGUAUUGAAAUUGAAUCUUGCGAAGAAAGUGCAGUCAGCUAAACAAAAGGCAGAGAAGUCGUUGGGGAAUAUUCAGGGGGUGGGAACCAAGGACCAGAGUAUAGAAAAUGUUGUGAAUUUGCAAUCUCCCGUGGCAACUAUGAAGUAUGAAGAAAUUCUUUUGCUUGCAACGAAAGAGACUAGAAAAAGACAAAAGGCAUUAUUCAAGAAACACGAUGUUCAGUUGUGGAAGAACAUUAUUCUACCAGCAUUCCAAAUUCCGUUGUGGGUCUGUAUGUCGUGGACAAUGAGAGAUUUGAGUGGUUGGUCAUCUUGGGACAGUUUGGCAAACAAACCAUUGGACUCCAGCUUAUACACCGAAGGAUUAUUCUGGUUUACUGACCUUACUACUCUUGACCCCAUGCAUAUUUUUCCUUUGAUACUUGGUGUGAUAUCGUUAUGUAAUGUAGAGUGGACCUUUAAGACGUUGGAAUUGCUGAGAUUCACUAGAAAAAGGUUAGGAAGACCUACAUUAACAGACUCGAUGUCCAGUGUAGCGAGGAUGUCCGUUGUAUUCAUGAUGGCUAUUUCGUUGAAUGCUCCUGUUGCGUUGACUUUGUAUUGGCUAAGCUCGCAGGUUUAUUCCUUGAUUCAAAAUAUAAUCUUGGACUUGAUGAUUCCUAUUAGUUUCACGCCUAAUAAGAGAUUUGGCUAUAAGACUCUGUCAAAGAGCAAUAAACCUGUAUCGGUUGUCAAUACCAACUAA